UAUUUGCAUACUGGGCACGCGUUUACCUAUUACGAUUCAGCGCUAUGGUAUAUAACGACAGACCACUCACAUUACAGCAGUCAUAUCGUUAGAAUCCUUUGCUUGGAAUCCAGCCCAAGAUGACGCGCUCCAGCUCUGCAUCUAUGACGUCUUUGAUGAUGAUGGUAAUGGCCUGUUUCCUAGGGUUGGCAUCAGCCGAAGAGAAAUCGUCGGUUGUGGAUCAAGAUCGCCAAUCGAGGCAGUUUCUGUUGGCCCCGGAGUUGUAUAAUUAUCCUAGCGGCUCCCCUUUACCUUUCUUUUAUCCUUAUGGGCAACCGUUAAUGGUACCAGUAGGAGAUGUUUUAUCAGUAGAUCCUAACGAGCCUUAUGUUUAUUCACCGUCCUCAUCCGGAAACUCUGAAAUGGAAAGAGCGUUUCAAAACCAACAAGCAGACAUUAGGAUAACUCCGGUAGCUGGAGAGUGUCUCUUAAGUAACCUUGCUAACGAAGGAAGCGUUCGUUGUCGUAAGGCCUCUCAAGCGAGACGCGGAGAUAUCACCAUGACGUUAAACGCUAUAGACCAAAUAGCUAAUUUUGCAAUUACCGCACCAACGAAUUUCAAGAUUAGGCUAACAUGUAGUGAAGUCACGGCAAGCCUAAGGGCUUUUACGCAAAGCGUUAGAAUCACUGCAACAACGACUACGCCACUGACGGAAAGCAACUUCAUGAACAUUGCGGUGCGCAGUACUGCAGCAGCGACUGCCUCGUUGAGAUGCUCCUGGGAUACCAGUCGUCAAUAAAACAUUUCCAGGACGGAUGUCCCCCUAUUUAUAUAAGCAGAUCAGCAUCACGACGCAUCGACUAAUCACGAGGUGUCGUCCUCGUUAGCCAGCGUUUACAAACUGAAUUUGCGGGGACGGCUGCUUGACCCUAUGCAGUGUUAUCCAUUUCAAAAGUACCACUUUAAUUAAAACAAUCUAAAGUAUUGAAUACACCUUUGCUGUACUUAA